AUGCCUCCUCGGAUCUGGACGUCCCAGGUGGCAGUGAGAGUGUCUGCGCUGAGAGAAAGGCACUUCCGGAAAUGACCCUUUGCCAUUUCAGAAGACGUGAUGGUCUGCUUCGGGGGCAUGUUCAUCAAGAUGCCACACCGUCAGACGAAGGCGAUGAUUGAGAAAGACCAGGCUCACCUGGACAGUGAAAUAGACACACUCCGGAAGCAACUUAAACUGAAGGUCAACCGCCUCCUUGAGGCCCAAGGCCAGCCAGAGCUGAAGGGUUUUAACCUGAAUCCCCUCAACCAGGACGAGAUGAGAGCAGUCAAGGUCAUCUUGAAAGGAUGAGGCUCAAGGACCCAAACGGGGAAC